AUGGCGGACGCAGCGAAGAUUGAUGAGGCGUUACAGCAGCUGACGGCGAUUCAAGACGAACUAGACAAGGUCAACGAGGAGGCGAGCGACAAGGUGUUGGAAGUAGAACAGAAGUACAACAAGCUAAAGCGGCCCAUUUACGAGCGACGCCAGCAACUAGUAUCAGAAGUUAAUGACUUCUGGAUGACAGUGCUUCUCAAUCACGGUCUUCUUCACGCGUUUUUCACAGAAGAGGAUAGACAGGUGCUGGAGUAUCUGAGGGGGUUAGACGUGGAGGAUUAUAAAGACAUCAAGUUGGGCUACAGCAUCACCUUUGCAUUCGCGGAGAACCCGUACUUUUCGAAUAAGGAGCUGACCAAGAGCUACAAGUACACGGAGGAGGGCACUGCCAAUGUGGAGGCGACUAAGAUCGAGUGGAAGGAGGGCAUGGACCUGACAGCGCCAAAGCCCAAGCAGGACAAGCCAGGCAAGAAGAGACAACUGGAGGAGCAGGAGAGCUUCUUCAAGUGGUUUGAAGUGGACGAAGCAACUCAGGGCACCACAGCACCCGAUGAUGUGGCAGAGCUGAUCAAAGACGACGUGUGGGCCAACCCGCUGAAUCACUACCUACAGGAAGGGGAGGAUUUUGAGGAGGAUGAGGAUGACGAGGAGGGGGGUGAGGGGGAGGAAGGGGAGGAGGACGAUGAUGAGGAUGGCGAUGGGGAGGAGGUGAGUUGUCCAUACAUUCACGUUACGUUUUGA